AUGGACAGGAAUGGACAGAACACCGGGGAGGAGAGGAAUGGACAGAACACCGGGGAGGAGAGGAAUGGACAGAACACCGGGGAGGAGAGGAAUGGACAGAACACCGGGGAGGAGAGGAAUGGACAGAACACCGGGGAGGAGAGGAAUGGACAGAACACCGGGGAGGAGAGGAAUGGACAGAACACCGGGGAGGAGAGGAAUGGACAGAUUGUGAAGAUGGAGGAAGGCAAGGAGCACAGUGAGGAGGACAGUGAUUCAGGGAGCUUCAUUGACGUGUCUGAGGGGGAGGAGCUAAAGGAGGAGGAGACAGAUGAUUCGCUGAUAGAGGUUGGAGGCGGUACUCCAGCUAAGGCACAGGAAGACGUGGCCAAGAAGGAGGAAGAGGAGGAGGCUUUAAGUAGCAGAGCUAUCCCUUUGGAAGAGAGGGAGGAGGACGAGGAGCCCCAGCCUCCCACAGAGCCCAGCCCAGAUCCUCCUGCCCCAGCGUCUGUUCCUCUACCCAACGAGUGGGAAGACAUCAACGUGGAUGAGCUGGUGGCGCUAGAGAGCAGUCUUGGAGAGCAGCAGUCCAGGCUGAGGGAACAGAAGCAGCAGCAGGAACGCAUCGCUGCCACGGUUACCGGACAGAUGUGUCUGGAGAGCCAGGAGCUGCUGAGGUUGUUUGGCGUACCCUUCCUGGUGGCUCCCGGUGAGGCCGAGGCCCAGUGUGCAGCCCUGGACCGGACCGACCAGACCCACGGGACAAUCACCGAUGACAGCGACGUAUGGCUGUUCGGAGGAAGACACGUCUACAAGAACUUCUUCAGCCAGAACAAAUACCUAGAAUACUACCAGUACGUAGAUCUACAGAACCAACUGGUGAGUGGUGGUCCUUGGCCCAGCAGCAGCAACGUCUGACCUCUGACCCCGUG